AUGGAAAUCGCCGGCAUCGCCCUCGCGUCAGCUUCUGCUGCACAUGAGCUUUGCCGAUGUGGAAUCCGGAUCUACCGUCGAGUCAAGGACGAACAGAAAUUGUCUCUGGUACUGAAAGAGUUUCAGAUGUUCGACCUCCAGGAUCGGCGAACACAGCUCAGUGUCGACAUCAAGCUUGCGCAAGGAGUGCUGAAAAGCCCAAACAUCGAACAAGAACACAAGGAACGUCUAGAACAGAACUGGGAACGUAUCAAGGCAUUGUUGAUCAAGGUUGAUGAAUUGAUCGAAACAAUGGUACAAAACUCAUCAAUUAUGGCGUCUCGUGCUCGUCACAAGGCUCGAGACGCGUUACUUGACCUUGGCGGCACUAAAGCAAUCUCCUUUGUGGUCCAAGAGUUUCAGUCUGUUGUCCUUGCGCUUCGUGAGCUUGAAAAGGAUGAGUCUGAGUUGUUUCUAUCGCCGAAUGACUUUCAGCCGUUAGAUACCGACAACAGAGUGUAUGGCCUGUCCAGAAAUACCUUUUUUGGCAAGGGUCGAUUAACAGACCCAGUGCCAGGUGUUUCCACCACACCACAUUGGUUUUUGUUUGAGUCAAAGCCGUACGACCACCGAAACACUCAGCAGAAGGAGGCAACCAAGCAGAAUGUUCGAAUAUUGGCCCAGAAACUACACCAAGCGCAACAGGACAAAGGUGUCCUGCGUCUUGUAGGAUUCAGAGAUGAAUUCGACGGCACACAAGGACAUUUCCAGCUUCUUUUCAUCUGCCCGUUCGCAGAGAAGUAUCCAUCUAGUCUUGAGAGCUAUCUCAAGUCUAAUACUAUGCCUUCUCUGAACUUCCGGAUUAACCUCUGCAACCAGCUUGCUACUGCAAUAUUGCAGACCCAAACACUUGGUCUUGUGCAUAAAAAUGUUAGACCUGAGAAUGUCCUUUUGUUUCCUGGUACGACCACCAUGGGAGGGGAGAGGGAAACCAUUCUGACUAUCUUUCUUACUGGAUGGCAGUACGCUCGCCAAGUUGACAGGGGUGUUACUGUCCUCAAAGGAGAAACUACUUUGCAAAAAAAGAUUUAUCAGCACCCCGAGAGACAAUUUCUCCAGGCAGAGAAAGAAUACAACAUGGGACAUGAUGCAUACAGCCUUGGUGUAUGCAUGAUUGAGAUCCUCACCUGGAAUAGUUUGAUAAUUACAACCGAGCCUCCUACUAUGUCCCAGGAUUUCAUCAAAGCCUUCGAAAAGCUCGACCUCGAACAACACGACGAGGAACCUUACACCAAGUACCCAUAUCAGAUCAAGGAAACCCUGUGUUACAUGUGCGACGAGCUACUGCCCGUCAUCAUGGGUUAUAAAAUGGCGCGACUUGUUAAAGACUUUCUUACCUGUCUUGAUGAUGAGGAAGAGGAUGACAUGAACCCAGCUCAACAAUAUGCCCCAUCCCAGGACACGGACAGAAGGCAGGUUGCAGUCCAUUUCGUCGACACAGCCUUGAAGGCUUUGAGGGAUUUGGAGAGCGCGAUCGCGUAA